UUUAUUAUUAUUAUUAUUAUUUUUAUUAUAUUAUAUUGCUAUUAUCAUCAAUUUCCAGCAUCAUUUCAACAUUUUUCAAUCAAUUCACACCGAAAUCAUUUCAUCAUAUACAUCAAUACCGAAAACCGAAACCCUAAUUCACUCCGAUUUCCCCAAAUCAUCAUUAUUCAUCGUUCCGGUGACCUAAUUGCUCGACUGCUGCCUUGCAGAUUGAUCGGUGAUUUAUUGGAAGCGUAUGAGCGGUUAUUGGCGGUGAUUGCUCAUUGCUGGCGGUAUAAUUGUUCGGAUAGUUAUGGAUUUGGUUGCGAGUUGUAAGGAAAAAUUGUCACAUUUCCGGUUAAAAGAGCUUAAAGACAUUCUUACUCAACUUGGCCUUUCCAAACAAGGAAAGAAGCAGGAUCUUGCUGACCGGAUAUUAGCAGUUAUCUCAGAUGACCGAGCGGUUUCUGGAAUGUGGGUCACAAAAACCCUUGUUAGGAAGGAAGAAGUCGCAAAACUAGUUGAAGACGUUCACAGAAAGUUGCAGCUUCCAGGGGCAUCUGACUUGGCAUCAAAAAGUAAAAAUGUUUCAAAUGUUACUAUCAAUAUAACAUUUAAGGAGGAAAUUCAAGAUGGUUAUCAUAUAGAUAAAGUCCGCUGUCUCUGUGGAAGUUCUUUACAAACAGAUUCAAUGAUUAAGUGUGAAGAUAGAAAGUGUAACGUGCGGCAGCAUCUUGCUUGUGUUAUUAUACCCGAGAAGCCAGUGGAGGGCAUUCAACCAACACGUCCCACAACUUUUUAUUGUGAACUAUGUAGACUUGCUCGUGCAGAUCCGUUUUGGGUAACCAUGGGGAAUCCUUUAUAUCCUUUGAAGCUGACUAUUGCAAGCGUCCCUACAGAUGGCACAAGCCCAAUGCAGAAUGUUGAAAAGACUUUUCAUCUUACAAAAGCAGACAGGGAUUUGUUGGCAAAAUCAGAGUUCGAACUUCAGGUCUGGUGUAUGCUCUUGAAUGACAAGGUUUCUUUUAGAAUGCAAUGGCCACAGUAUGCAGACUUACAAGUCAAUGGUAUGCCUGUGCGAGCAAUCAAUAGACCUGGCUCUCAACUUCUGGGUGCGAAUGGCCGUGAUGAUGGCCCUGUUAUCACAUCAUGCACCCGUGAAGGAAGUAACAAAAUUUCAUUGACAGGAUGUGAUGCUCGCGUGUUCUGUUUGGGUGUAAGAAUUGUGAGGCGGCGCACAGUUCAGCAGAUUCUCAACCUCAUUCCCAAAGAGUCUGAUGGUGAGAGAUUUGAAGACGCGUUGGCACGUGUUCGUCGGUGCGUUGGUGGUGGUGCCGCUACAGAAAAUGCAGACAGUGACAGUGAUUUGGAGGUUGUCGCCGAUAAUAUACCGGUUAAUUUACGGUGUCCUAUGAGUGGUUCAAGAAUGAAAAUUGCUGGAAGAUUCAAACCUUGUGUUCACAUGGGAUGCUUUGAUCUUGAAGUAUUUGUGCAGAUGAACCAACGCUCUCGAAAGUGGCAAUGCCCUAUUUGUCUCAAGAACUACUCAUUGGAAGAUGUUAUAAUUGAUCCAUAUUUUACUCGUAUCACAACUAAGAUGCAGAAUUGUGGAGAGGAUGUAACAGAAAUUGAGGUGAAACCAGACGGAUCUUGGCGUGUAAAAGCCGAAAACGACCAAAAAAGCUUAGGUCAGCUCGGGCAGUGGCAUUUACCAGACGGUACUCUCUUCGUUCCAAUGGAAGUCGAGUCUAAACCUAAACCAGAAACGUUAAGACCCGUUAAACACGAAGGCGGUUCCGAAGUUCAAAAUACAGGUUUAAAACUUGGGAUCAAAAAGAACAACAAUGGAAUUUGGGAAGUCAGCAAACCCGAAAAUGUUCGUUCACUUUCUUCUGGCAACAAUAUUGUGAAUAAUGGGCAUAAUGGGAAUAACGGUUUUCCUAUGAGUAGCAGUGCGACUUUCAGUGGUAGAGACGGUGAAGAUGCUAGUAUCAAUCAAGAUGGAGGGCAUUUUGGUCAUUCUACCACCAACGGUGCUGAUUUUGGCUCACUUUCACCGAACAUGGAUCUGGGAUAUGGGUUUACUAACUUGAACCCGCCAGCUACUGGCGGUGAUGGGGAUGCUGACGUCAUCAUUCUUAGUGAUUCAGAUGACGAGACUGAAAACCCAAUGUCGUCAGCACCUACUGCGUACAACGAAAACGGUGCAAUUAACGUUACCCCUCAAGCUGAAGAUCCUGCAAUGUAUCAUGGUGGGAGUUCUGGUUUAGGUUUAUUUAACGACAAUGAUGAUGAUUUCGGUGUACCGUUUUGGUCUUUACCUUCAACAAGUCAAAUGGGGCCCGGUUUCCAGCUCUUCGGUUCAGAUGAUAAUAACAAUGGCUUCACAUUCACAGAUGAAAUUGGACUGGGUCCCAGCUCUUCGCUUUAUCAAUCUAAUCUUGAAGUUAACAAUGAGUUAUUUGAUAACCCGUUAGCUUUUGGGCAUGAAGACCCGUCACUUCAGCUAUUUCUUCCUACGCGACCGAUAGAGACCCCGGAGCAGGUGAAUUCGAAAGAUCAGCCAACUGUUUCGAAGGGUUUGACCGACGACGACUGGAUAUCCCUCCGGCUAGGUGGCGGUGAUGGUGAUGGUGGGAGAAAUCGUGAACCUGCUGCCGUGAAUGGAUUGAACUCGAGUCAGCAGCCACCAUCCCAAGAUGGUGAAAUGACGGAUACUGCUUCUUUGCUACUUGGAAUGAAACCUGGGAAGACAAGAUCUGAUGACCCGUUUUCAUGUCCCCGUCAAAAGCGUUCAGUGAGACCGCGAUUGUACCUAUCUAUUAACUCCGACUCUGAAGAUGAUAGAUUAUAGAUAGACCGAUAAUAAGUCUUUUUCUUCCAUGUUAACCCCAUUUUUGCCCUCUAGAUCAGUACACCUGCUCUCUGUUAACCCUAAUCUCAGCCCUGUUUUAUUUAGUUUUGUUUUUAUAUCGAUUGCUAAUGUUAUUGUACACAGGGCUUUGGUAUAGAUUCUUCUUUUUAUUUUUUAUUUUUUUAUCUAGAGACCCUGUUUGUGGCA